AUGAGAGGAGGUCGAAACAAAUUCGGCUCAUACUAUAAACGUGAUCGCGCACAACGAAUGCAGCGCGGUACCUUAAAGGAGAACACUGCUGCAGAUUUAGCAGGAAUGGAGCAGAGUGUCACAAGCAGUACCAAGCCAACUGUAGCACUCUAUGGAGACGAUAAACGAAAAGUGAAAUCUGAGUAUGAUUCCGUACUACAGUGUCUAACACUCUCUAGUAGCACACCAGCUUAUCACGCUCUUUCGGCAUCAGCAACAACAAGACCAACGGUUGCAUAUGAGAGCGAAGGCCUGGCCGACUUGCUUGGACGUUCAAUCGACUUUCCAAAUUACCGUAUUAAAUCUGAGCCGUUCGACCCGACGAAUGCAGCAUUCACACAACGCCUAUUGCAUCAUAACCAUCCAGUUGAUGAAGGAGCAUUCAGUCGUGGGAACCGCAUUCUCCCGGUUUGUUUCACACCGUCUGAGAAGCAUGUCAACAACGAAUUCGAAUGCACAUCGUCUACACUUGCAAUAAUGCACGAUUCGUUGCCUGACGACUCAAGGCUGUACUGCUUACUACAUAAAUGGCCAAGAUGGGAUCCGUUUUCUUUCUGUGUAUCGGCUGUCGAGGAUAAUCUCGGGCAACUUGUUGCUUGGGCUAAAGCUGCACCAUAUUUUCGAGAGCUUGAGUUGGCCGAUCAGAUGCAGCUUUUGCAUGCUAGUUGGGCAGCUGUACACAUUGCCGACUUUGUCUAUGCAGCUGUGAUUGGAGCUAUACCAGCCAGUAUCAAGAUGAACAACGGAGUUGAAGUUCCUUCUGGUUUGGCCGCUGUAAUGGGCGAUUGCUCGUUACUGGCAUUAUGGACUGACAUUGUACAUCUCCUAGCCAGUCGGGGAUUUACUAGAGUCGAUUUAGCUGCUUUUCGAUAUCUCGCAUUGUUUCACGAAGACGGCGAAUGCCGUGUCGGAAAUCGGUCUUUAAUUCGAACCGCAAGGAAUUCCCUUAUGAGAUGUUGGAGUGAAUAUCGAGGUUCGGAUGUCGCGCUUUUACCACAAUUCACAGCUUUCCUUCGAAUCAGAUCUUUGGCGCAAUCUUGCCAAAACUUUUUAAUCACCCGACGAGUCGGUGGCGUAGUGGGUUCGUCUCUCUUGGCCGAAAUGUUGUCGUCAGUGCAAACAACAUGUCAUCGCUAA